AUGGAGGUAACCGCUCUCAGUGAUAAUUGGCGAACAGGCACAGUGGAAAUGGAUGAACUUCGUUUAUUUUUUUGUUCUCUACUGAUACUCGGUACACCUAUCUAUCUAUCUAUCUAUCUAUCUAUCUAUCUAUCUAUCUAUCUAUCUAUCUAUCGAUCUAUCUAUCGCAUCUACCUUUCUUUCUAUAUGCGUAUAUCUAAUUAUAUAUCUACUUGUCUAAUUCUAUCUAUCUAUCUAUCUAUCUAUCUAUCUAUCUAUCUAUCUAUAACUACCCGUUCCCUUUCGUUUCUGUCUUUCUUUCUUUCUUUCUUUUUUAUCUAUCUAUCUAUCUAUCUAUCUAUCUAUCUAUCUAUCUAUCUAUCUAUCUAUAACUACCCGUUCCCUUUCGUUUCUUUCUUUCUUUCAUUUUUCUAUCUAUCUAUCUAUCUAUCUAUCUAUCUAUCUAUCUAUCUAUCUAUAACUACCCGUUCCCUCUCGUUUCGUUUCUUUCUUUCUUUUUUAUCUAUCUAUCUAUCUAUCUAUCUAUCUAUCUAUCUAUCUAUCUAUCUAUCUAUCUGA